GAGGGAUAUAGCACAGCGGCGGAGGGAUAUGAGAACCCAGUCACAUCAUGCAGACAGCAUGUCGGUCUAUGCUGCGCUCUCUCACUGCGCGAAUUACACCCUCUGCCAGGCGGCAGACCAGCGCCACCUAUCUGCACAGCUUCAUACUGCAGCACACAGAGGUGGUCACUGAUCACCUCACUCCGGAGCUUAGACUUCUCCUGCUCACCCCGCACUGCAAGUACUGGCACCUCCGCCCCGAGCACUGGCCCUACGGCGACCCCUACUGGGCGAUCUACUGGCCUGGAGGACAAGCGCUAGCCCGAUACCUGCUGGAUAACCCAGAAGUUGUGCGACACAAACAGAUUUUAGAUCUUGGCAGUGGUUGCGGUGCAGUGGCCAUUGCUGCAGAAAUGGGAGGGGCUUCUUAUGUACUAGCUAAUGACAUCGAUCCAGUCGCAAGUGCUGCGCUUACACUUAACUGCCAACUGAACGGCCUGCAGCCUCUACCCUUCCUCUCAGAGAAUAUGAUCGGCGUGGACACACGUCUGUGGAAUCUGAUCGUCCUCGGUGACAUGUUUUAUGAUGAGCAGUUGGCUGAUGACCUUCACCAGUGGCUCAGACGUUGUAUGGACCAGCAUGGGACUACCGUUCUCAUUGGGGACCCUGGAAGGGGACAUUUUAUUGAUCACCCAAUACAGAAACAGCUGCAGAAAUUGGCAGAAUAUCCCUUACCAGAAUCUAGCAAGCAAGAAAAUUAUGGACUGACUUGCACUGCCGUUUGGAAGUAUCAACCCUGAUCGUCUUCAUUUACAAAAUAGGACGGAGCAGGUCUACAGACACUUUUGGAGAAGGAAAGGCAGGACAGCCAUUCCUCGUACUGCAGAAGUGACUUAGGUGCCUUAAUGCCCUAUUUUUUUCCAUCUAAGCGACUCUGGAUCACAGCAGGAUUUUCUUCCUCUUGUAAUAAAAGAAGUAUGCAAGCUAA